ACUGUGAUGACAUGGCACCACGUGGACACAUUUUUGUCCAAUGUAUAUAUAGUAGCUUCAUAUUUAUUGCUAAAACCACUGGGUCACUGACAUAUGAUUUAUUUAUACAAUCUUGUGAACUCAGGUUGAAGCUGUUGUGAAGAACCACACACACCCCCCAUGGAGUUCAAUUCCACUAGCAAGGAUCAAAAGAAAACCAUAGACCAAUCCAUCUUAUUGUGCUGCAAAAUCUUUGUCUCUGAGGCGCGCAAUCUAGCAACUCUUGAUGCAAUAGAAAGAGUAGCAAGACUGAACCCAGAGACCAUCAUUGUGAAGAAGUUUCCUGACCUGCCUUACAACAGAACCAGGUACACCCUUGUGUCUUAUGUACUGCAUGACUGCACAGGAAAUGCCAUAUACAGCCCCUUGCACCAAUCUGUGGUUGCCAUGGCUGAGGUUGCAUUCAAUGCCAUCAACCUAGAAUUGCAUGAUGGGGCUCACCCUCGCCUAGGAGCGGUGGAUGACAUUGUUGUCCAUCCACUUGCACGUGCUUCGUUGGAUGAGGCAGCAUGGCUUGCAAAAACACUGGCAGCAGACAUUGGCAACCGAUUCAAUGUGCCAGUAUUCUUGUAUGGUGCAGCACACCCAACAGGGAAGGAACUAGACACCAUUAGACGAGAGCUCGGAUAUUACCGGCCUAAUUUCAUGGGAAUCCAAUGGGCAGGGUGGGCUAUGCCAAAGAUCCUACCUCAGAACCCAGAUGAAGGACCUAUUGUUGUUUCAACGUCUAAAGGCAUCUUAAUGAUUGGCGCACGCCCAUGGGUUGGACUCUACAAUGUGACAAUCUUGUCGACAGAUGUGUCAGCGGCAAGAAGGAUUGCAAGGAAGGUCAGUGCUCGUGGCGGGGGGCUUCCGAAGGUGCAAACUUUGGGGCUUGUUCAUGAUAAGGAUUCAACUGAAAUAGCCUGCAUGCUGUUGGAGCCUAAUCAGAUUGGAGCAGACAGAGUGCAGAAACAUAUCGAGAUGCUGGCAGCAGAAGAAGGACUGGAUGUAGAAAAAGGAUACUUCACUGACUUAUCACCAGAGAUGAUCAUAGAAAAAUACAUGAACCUUAUAUCUGCUAACAGAUCAUGAUUGUCAUAUAAAUCAUUUGUUGAUAAACAAUAAAAAAAUUGUGAGAUCUUAUUGGCCUUGCAACUUUGUAAAUAAAGUUGUUGUAAUGAAACUGAAACAAGCACUUGAAAACUGCUUC